AUGAAGCACCAGACACAAGAGUUAAAGCAAUCGCCGCUUACCAGAGAUGCCUUCAACAAAGACAAUAACAUAACCGUUCACAAUUGCCAUAUCAAACCAAUUCAAAAUGGCGAACAAUUAAAACCAUUCUUCCAUUACUCAAUCAACACCAUCAUGAGUAGAUUGGAAAUACCAUUCAACAAGUAUUUUUCGUAUAUGGUGCAAGCAAUUAAUCAGCAGAAGGAUUUGAUCAUAAUCGCUAACCAAGACUCUGAUCGGGUCCUUCACCUUUGCGUUCUAAACAAAGUGCUUCGAGACAGGACGAGAGUUGGAAAUCAUAAAGUCAUAUAUGUGACACAGCAACCACAUAGCGUUUUCUAUGCACUAGGCGAGCUCAACCCAUGCGGUGUUAAGAUCAACUAUUACAUAAAGAAUGCGCAUGAAAACCCCGAAAUUGAUAUUAAAACGCCAUUUGAAUUCUUGUCGAUGCACCCCAAAAAGGAUACAUUGGUGAUAGUGACAGACUACAAUGACCUCAUUCGAAGCAGUUUCAAAGAGUUACUAAAAAAAGAUACCCCAGUGAUUAUAAUUAGAGAGAAACUGCUUUCAACGUCUGAAUAUCAACAAUUGCGUGAAAUCAGACCAUUUACUCAUGUAGAUUACAUCACCAAAAGAUCAAUUACUACGACUCAGCUGUCAGUGAAUAUCGAGUUGUACUACUUUGAUUCAUUUGAUGCAAAAGCUGAUAAACUCAUCAGUGAGUGUGGCCAUUGGCGUAACGUCGGAACGUUUGUUGAAACUUAUAGAGGAGCAGAAAGUUUGUAUUGCCGGUUGGCCUAUCCUGGCCGUUGGUUGAUGCUUGUGAAUGUGAAAAAGUGUAAGCGAAACAAUCUUGAGCCAAGCUUACAGAAGGCAAGAGCACAACAUGCAAUGAUCAUUUCAACAAAAUUCAACAUUUUAAAAAGAAUGAAAACGGUAUAUUUUUUCAAUCCUCCACGAUUAAAAUCAUUUGUCAAGUUCGUAAAUGAAAUUGCACGGUCGAAACCAAAGAGAAUCGUGGUUAUGCUUGCAACAGGCGAACGAGGAAAAAAUGAGUCUUACAAAGAAUUUGUUAAAACUUGGGCUGGACAUAAAUAA